AUGUCUUGGCAAAACCAGCAGCAUACACACAUUUCUACCGUCGACAGGCAAUGCAAAAUCAGGAAGCGAGGCGGGUCUUCGUCGUCUUCCUCUUCCCUGGUCCGUAGGUACAGAUUGAAGCGGGCAAUUCUGGUGGGUAAGCGCGGCGGGUCGAGCACGCCGGUCCCGACUUGGAAGACGACUAUAAGUGCCGCCAGAUCAUCGCCUUGCGCCGCCGUGAUGAUGCCGAAUGCUGCUUCUGAUGAUGGCGAGGAGCUGGCAAAGCAGCAGCAGCGGCCGGCCUCGAAGGACGGUGGCGGCGGUGGCGGUGGCGGUAAAGGGAAGGGUGUGCCAUUGUCAGUUUCAGCAAGAAAGCUUGCGGCUACUUUGUGGGAAAUCAAUGAAGUGCCUUUGAAAAAGAAGGAUGCUAAAGCCAUUAAAGAAAUGAGAAUCAGAGAGGGUGUUGCUCAAAUGCCAUCUUUAGCGGGUUCCUUGCCGCCGAAGUUAUCAGAUCCAUCUUAUACUCCUAUUUCUGAGAAGAAAAAUGGAUCUGGAGGAGCUGAAAACCAGAGAAGAUUGUCGGCCGUUUCUCAUAACCUUCAUCUGACUGAUUACCAAUUGGGAGGUUUUGAGACUCAUAGAAGUUCCAGUUUAACUGAGGUCAAAGAUCAAUCUUGUGGAAAACCUGAUCGAAAAUGCGUUAAUGGAUUUACCUGUUUGAAGGAGGUCAGUAAGGGCCUUUCUACAUCCAAGGAGCUCUUGAAAGUUCUUACUCGCAUUUGGGGUCUUGAAGAGCAGCAUUCCUUAAGUACAACCUUGCUCUCAGCCUUACGAGUUGAGCUUGAUCGAGCCCGUAUCCAGGUUCAUCAAAUGAUCCGAGAACAGAGGUCUAACUGCAACGAAAUUGAGUACAUCAUGAGGCAGUUUGCAGAAGAAAAGGCGGCCUGGAAAAGCAAGGAGCGAGAGAGGGUACGUGCUUCCAUAGCAUGCAUAGCAGAAGAACUUGAGGUGGAGAAGAAACUAAGAAGACAAACAGAACGGUUAAACAAGAAGCUUGGAAAAGAACUGGCUGAUAAAGAGGCAGCUCUGUCAAAGGUCAUGAAAGAGCUUGAGAGGGAGAAGAGGGCAAAAGAGAUUUUUGAGCAAGUUUGUGAUGAGUUAGCCACAGGUCUUGGGGAGGACAGAGCACAGGUGGAAGAACUAAAGAGAGAGUCGGAAAAAGUUAGAGAAGAGGUGGAGAAGGAGAGGGAAAUGCUUCAGCUAGCUGAUGUUUUGCGCGAGGAGAGAGUCCAGAUGAAGCUCUCAGAAGCCAAAUAUCAUUUUGAGGAGAAAAAUGCAGCUGUGGAACAGCUGAGGAAUGAGCUAGAGGCUCACUUGAGAUCCAAAAUGGGUGAAGGUAGUGGUGACUCUCCAGAUUUGAAAAGGAUCAAAGAACUUGAGGCUUAUUUAAAGAAAAUAAAUUUCGGAUCAUUUCAGAGCGCAAAGAAAGAAGGGAAUGGAAUGGAAGUUGCUGCAUAUAGAGAAGAGUGUGAUGAUGAAGACGACUCAGGUGGUGAUAGUGACCUUCAUUCCAUUGAAUUAAACAUGGACAAUACCAACAGGAGCUACAAGUGGAGUUAUGCUUGUGGAGAUGAUACUGAAUAUGAUUCGAAAAGGACUUCAGUUGAUAAACAAUUUAAAGGAAGAAGAUCUCUCUCUGAAAAAAUUCAGUGGGAAAGCAUAUGCUUAAACAAAAAUUCCAAUGGAGUUGAUCGGGAGUUUGGCAUAAAAAGUCAAGGACAUUCAGAUGGGAAUCAUAUGGAAAAAUCCGAGCUUGUUCUUCAAACUCAAACGCAAGAAUAUGAAGCUGAAACCAAGAAAAAUGGAUCUGCCAAGGGUCUCACAGACCUUAGAUUAUCCAAUUCAAAGGUGGUACCUAUCCAAAGCUUUGCCGGUACAACUUGCCAGUACCAAUCCUUGCCGCAGAAGGAUUCCGGAAGCGAAGUGUGUGGAAGUUAG